AUGCCGCAGAGCGGAGCGGCUGCACGCCGAGGCUGCGUUCGCUUCUCGCUGCUGGGCGCCCUACUCUUCCAGGGUAUUUACAUAGUCCUUCCUUUGGAGAUUAAAACUGAUGCCCAUGUCCGAGGUUAUGUGGGAGAAAAGAUCAAGUUGAAAUGCUACUUCACGUCGACUAACGAUGUCACUGACAAACUCACCAUAGACUGGACCUAUCGGUCUACCAGCAGCAAUCGCGUGGAAUCAAUUUUUCAUUACCAGUCUUUCACGUACCCGACCACAUCAGGCAGAUUUCGAGAUAGAAUUUCCUGGGUUGGCAACGUGUACAAAGGUGAUGCAUCCAUCAGCAUAAGCAACCCUAACAUGAAGGACAAUGGGACGUUCAGCUGUGCUGUGAAGAAUCCCCCAGACGUCCAUCAUAACAUCCCCACCACGGAGCUGACAGUCACAGAAAGGAGUUUUGGCACCAUGUUGUCCUCCGUGGCCCUUCUUUCCAUUCUGGUCUUCAUUCCCUCAGCUGUGGUGGUGGUUCUGUUGCUGUUCAGAAUGAUGAAGAAGGCAGCAAGCCUGAAGAAGAGGAACAAGUCGGGCUAUAAGAAGUCAUCUAUCGAGGUUUCUGAUGACACUGACCAGGAGGAAGGAGAUGGCUGCAUGAGGAGGCUCUGUAUCCGCUGUGCCGAGUGCCUGUGCUUUGUGGACGUGACUGACCCGUUACCUCAAGCUGCUCGGGAGACCUCUUAG